AUGGUCAAACUUGAAACCCAAAGAAGAGUGCGAAAGGUACUCAACAAUUACACAGAAGAAGACCUAAAAAAAGCUUUACACGAAAUCAGGGAUAAUAAAAUGGCAAUUAGAAAAGCAUGUAGAACCUUUAAUGUCCCAAAAAUGACAAUUUUGUAUAGGAUAUCUGGACGAGUUCCUGAUCAGUCACAGAAACCUGGUCUGCCACCACUACUUACAGUGCAAGGUGAAAAUCGCGUCAAGGAAUGGACUUGGUAUAAAAAUUUCAUGAAACGCAAUCCAGAAGUUUCGUUAAGGGAAGCUGAAGGAAUUAACAAAGCUAGGGCGAUUAUAAACAAAGAAAGCAUAAGAAAAUGGUUUAAAGAACUCACCCAAUUCCUAACGGAGAGAAAUUUGUUGGACUUAUUGGAUGACCCUCAUAGAAUAUUUAAUGGGGAUGAGUCAGGAUUCGCCUUAUAUCCAAAAUCUGGCAAAAUAUUGGGACCCAAGGGAUUUAGAAACUUAUACCAUAUCAAACUAGGAAAUGAGAAAGAAAAUAUUACUUCUUAUUCCCCUGUCAGGCUACCUAGAGCGGUAGUGGAAGGUAUGCCUAGUAAUUGGGUUCUAGGAAACCCAGAUAAAGGAUGGAUGACAUCCGAGGUAUUUUUUGAAUACAUAGCAAAUGAUUUUCAUAAAUGGGCACGAUUAAAAAACACAAGACCAAUAAUUGUAUUUGAUGGACACAAAUCCCAUAUGAUGUACUACCUAGGUAGGCCGUCGGCCACGCGCUUAAAAGCCUUCUCCUUAUCGGGUUUUUAUAAAUCGAGGUAUAACCAAUCGAAACAGAUUGGAUUCAUUAUGGAAAAAGCUAGUUGUCUCUUUUGUGGAGAAGCCACUGUAACUAGCGAUAACUUAAUGGUAAAAAUACCAAGGAUACCUGAGUUACAAUCAAUUUUGAAAUGUUGGAAUGAUAACGUAACUGUGAAAAUUCUAGAAAAAAAACAAGACCUCUUAUCGCAUCUUGAUCAAUAUUUUUAUCAUUUUUCGUGUAGAAAAUCUAUAGUGUCUAUAAUGUUUGAUAGGUAUGACCUUGAAUAUUCGACAAAAAACUCAAAACGAGAAAGAAGAGGUAUUCAAAAUAAUUUGAAUGUCUAUAGUAUUGUACAAUCCAGGACAGUUCCUAACAACAAGAACUUUCUUAGAUCUCCAGCCAAUGAGAAGGCGCUUUUACAGUUUGUUACUGACUUUGUAUAUAAAUCUUCGAAUUUGGUACCGCAUGGUAGAGAAGUGAGAAAUGACAGCUGCAUUGAGCUACCCGAGCUUAAGUCAAACCAUGAAGAGGCUGAUACUCGUAUUCUCUUUCAUAUUUCAUCGUCAAACACUAUUGAAAAUGAGAUACAUAUGGAGGCCGAUCAUAUGAACGUAACUACUAACAAAAAGAGAUAUGGUAUUCCAAUAUAUGCACUUCCUAAAAAACUUGGACAACCAGCUAGUACAGGCGUACAACGAGUUCUCUCUUUAAAAUUGGGAAAAAAACUGCCUGAGAGAUAUAUUACAAAAACUGUCAGACAAUUGAACUGA